AUUUUGCAACAGAAUGCUAUAGCCGGCCACAUGAAUCAAGUCACACCCGUUAAAACAACCCCGGCUGAUGAAAGUGGAAAGUCUUGUGAGCUCACAUUUGGUAGCUAUUGCCUGUGGCAAAAACAACAUAAAGAAGUUAUGAAAGAUGCCAUGAUUAAGAAAUUGAAAGACCAACUAUUUGUGGCUAGAGCUUACUAUCCGAGCAUUGCAAAACUCCCCGCACAAGACAAAUUGUCUCGAGAAAUGAAACAAAAUAUACAAGAUCUGGAGCAUGUGCUUAGUGAAUCCACUACGGAUGCUGAUCUUCCACCACUCAUUGAGAACAAGUCACAGAAGAUGGAAAUGAAGACCAAACAUUCAGAUUUCAGAGAAGAUGAAGAUGAUAAGCUACUAACCUGGGUUCGAGAAGCCAGCGAAGAUGAGGAGGUCUGCUGAGUUACUGGGUUCCAGACACGGGGAAGAGGAGGAAGCAGCGGUGCUGAGGACCUGGGAUGGCGGCGGCGCUGAUGACCUGGGAACGGCGGCGACAAUGGAGGGCUAGGCGGCUAGGGUUUCUUUGAUUCAGAGUUCUCUCAUCUCUGUUCUCUGAGGACCUGGGUUAGGAAUGAUUGAACGAUUGGGGGAAGAGAAGGGGGGUGGGUCACGAGUGGAUCACUGCAUCCGUUUCCUUUUUUUUUUUGCAAAUUAAAAAAUGAUGUCGUUUUAUCCGAACCGGCCGGUUAUCGGUCCGGUCCAACCGGCCAAUUCUCGACCAAUUCAAUGGUUUUUUGGCAGUUUUCUUGUGAGCGGUUAUAAAGAGAGGACCGGACUGCUUGCAUCACCGGUUCCCGGUUAAACCGGUUCGACCGGCCGGUCUGGUCUGGUUUUCAGAACCUUGGUCUAGAUGAUAGGUCACA